ACAGCUACCAGCUCAUGAGACGUUCACUUACAUCCUGAACAUAACAUUUAUAACAUAACAUUUCCCUCAGUCCGUUACAGUAUUUUGAAUUAUUAAUAUUAUUAUUAAGAAGUGGACAACAUGUCCAUGUUUGACAACACACUGAUUGCGCAGCCGGAGUAAAACGAACAGAUAGUUGAGAUCACGUGUGCCCUCGAGUGUCUGCAGAGCUCCUCUGUACUCGUGGUGAUCUUGCGGUCCGUGUACCUGAGCAGUGCAGUACUGCGUCUUGUCCACCAGGCGGAGCGGCUGUCAACAGGCGAGGCUGCUGCCCUCCCUCCCAGUGCGUCGGCACGUCGCCCGUAAGCCCCGCCCCCGGCCUGGCUCUCACGCACCAGUUACGUCUGACCGUAAAAAAUAGAAACUUCCAAGAUGGCCGAGGCCGUGGACUCCAUGCAUUUCGCAGCAAACAGCAAAACAAAUUCCCCUACACCCCUGACAGCGAAACGACCGCCGGAGAGCCGACCGCAGUCUUCCAGCGACAUUUACCCACCGCCCCCUAAGAAGGUCCGGGUGGAGGAGAAGGGCCUGAAGCACAGGAAACUGAACGGAGAGGUGUGCGCAGGGGAAAAACACAACGGGAAGCAGAGUUGUGGGAGCCCAGCGAAAUGGAGUUUCGGCCCGGCCAAGGCGAGCCUCUCCACCGCCGCCGCCGCGGCGCCGGCGACUCCCGCUCGGAAAAUCUUCAAAAUCAGCAACUUCCUCGCGUCGCCUCACAAGGCGAAGAAGGCGAAAGAGAAACGGCACAAGGAGAAGGAGAAAAGCAACGAAGCGCAGCGGAGCUCCGCCGCUGCUGUGGAGAGAGUGAGCCCAGCUAGCUGCCAUACAAAGACCGAGAACGGCGACGUGAAAAUGCUACCGAGAGAUGACCACGUGAAGGAGAAAGACCGAGAGAAGAAGAAGGAAAAGAGUAAAGAGUGGAAGAAUCACAUGUUGACACCUGUAACGUCACAUGACUUUGCAAGAGAAAACGGAGAAGUGCUUUCCCCACAGAAAGAGUCUCAAGAGAAGCCCAACGCUGCCUCUGAAGAAGACCUCCUGCUGAAGAAACUUAAGAAGAAGAAGAAAAAGAAGCAUAAAGAUGGCGAGCGGGUGAAGGAGAGGCACAGCCGUCCCAAAAUGUAUCAUCGCUCAUGCCAGACAGUGUCUUCAGGAGUCGCUCUUGGUCCGCCUGAAUUCCUCAGUCGGAUGAAUGGAAGCAACAGCAUGAACAGCAGCAGUCUACUCCACACGUCCGCUUCACCCCCACAACACCGCCAGCAUCAGGACCCUUCUGUCACUGGCAUCAUCUCUGCCUCCAUCUCCUCCAUGGUCAGGGACAGACUCAGCUACAGCUCCCCGCUCCACUGCGCCCCGGGCCUGUCGGGGCUGGAGUUCGGCCGUCUGAUCCACAUCGAGCAGCAGGCCAACGGAGGGGCGUCCGUGGCGCACGCCUACACCGAGCAGCUCUCCGGCCUGUCUCCGGCCGAGAUGCAGCGUUUCGCCCAGGAGUUUGUGACCCUGUCGUUCAGCGAGGGCGAAGCCCAAGCCGCGUGUUUCGUGAUGGGAAUCAUCCACGGAGCGGCUUCCUACCUCCCAGACUUCCUGGACUACUUCUCCUACAAGUUCCCCAAUGCGCCGGUCAAGAUAGAGGUGCUCGGGAAGAAGGACAUAGAGACGACAACCAUGAUCAACUUCCACUCUCAGGUGAAGCGGACAUAUUCCCAGGGAACGUACCGUGCCGGGGCCAUGCGGCAGGUCAGUCUGGUCGGUGCUGUGGAUGAAGAGGUUGGAGACUACUUCCCCGAGUUCAUCAGCAUGCUGGAGGAGUCUCCCUUUCUGGAGCGGACUCUGCCCUGGGGAACGUUCUCCAGUCUGCGGCUGCAGAGCCCCACUGAGAGCGACGACGGCCCCAUAAUGUGGGUCAGACCAGGAGAACAAAUGAUCCCGAUGGCAGACAUGCCAAAAUCACCCUUCAAAAGGAAACGGUCCACCAAUGAGAUAAAGAACCUGCAGUAUCUACCUCGAGCCAGUGAGCCCAGGGAGAUGCUGUUUGAGGACCGGACGAGAGCCCACGCUGACCACAUCGGUCAGGGGUUCGAGAGGCAAACUACUGCUGCCGUGGGGGUGCUGAAGGCUGUCCGCUGCGGAGAGGACCGUGAUGCUCCCGGGCGGAUCACCAAAGAUGUCGUGUGUUUCCACGCUGGAGAUUUCCCAGAUGUGGUCAUGAGGCUGCAGCUGGACCUCCACGAACCUCCGCUUUCUCAGUGUGUACAGUGGAUCGAUGAUGCCAAGCUGAACCAGCUGAGGAGGGAGGGGAUCAGAUACGCCCGGAUCCAACUCUACCACGACGACAUCUACUUCAUUCCCAGAGGAGUUGUCCACCAGUUCAAAACGGUGUCUUCUGUCUGCAGUCUGGCCUGGCACAUUAGACUCAAACAGUAUCACCAACACGAAGAGAAGGAGGAGGAAGACAAGUGUGCACCUCGAGAAGAGUCACUUUAUAUCAAAGACGAAGAAGAGGAGGAAGACGACGAUGAGGAGGAGGAGGAGGUCGAGAGGAAGGAGUGCGGGCCUGUUGUACGGAUGCUGAUGAAGAUGGAGGAUGAGGACACCGAGGGAGAGGAAGGGCCGCCCUCACUAACUCCGACACCGAUUUUCAAGGAGGAAGUGCAGGAGCACAGAGCUGAGAUGAAGGGGGUGUCAAUGACACCGUCUUUACCUUUCAUCAAGAAGGAGAGAGAUGAAGGUGUACUCGGUCACACGCUACUGGAGCCUAAAACUGAGGAAGAUGAGAAAGAGGAGGUUAAGGGAGGGGGAGACACAUGGCAGCAGGGCCACGAGGAAGGUGCAAUAGACGGUUUGUCCUUAAAGGCACUGCACCAAAUUAGGAAGGAGAAUUAUGUGGAGGAAGAGAGGCCGCAAAAGACAACUGUACCAGGUCAAGGAGUAAAGGAGAAAGCUAAAGAUAGUUCAAUGAGCACUUACAACUCCCCACAAUUUAAAAAAGAUAAAGGAAAAAGAGAGAGGGAUGAAAAAGAGAGGGUUAAGGAGAAGAAGGACAAGGAGAGGAGUAAAGACAAGGAAAGAGAUAAAAAGGAGAAGGGUAAAGACCGAGAUAGAGAGAAGGACAGGGUGAGAGAGCAGGAGAAAGUAAAGGCUGAGAGAGGCAGGGAGGGCGGGACGCUGACUCAGCCAUUGACACAGAUGAGGAGGAAAGAGGACGAGGAGCAGACAAGAGAGGGCAGUAAAGUCUCUCAAACAUCCCAGCCUGCACCGAGAGACGAGAAGUGGGCCAGGCAGUGGGACUUAAAGACACAACCCCACGUCAAGAGGGAGAAGGAGCACCAUAAAGACAGGGGAGGCACACAAGGGGCGUCCUUCAUACGGCCAAACAGAGAGGAGGGCCGCGAUGCCCAUUUGCAUAAACACAAGUCUUCACAUGGGAAGAAGGAGAAAAGCGGCCACAGGGAGGGCAACGCGUUGAGUACACAUGGGGUACAGGCGAAGUCAGGGCGAGAAGACGGGAAAGCGGGCAUUCCCAAAGCUGCACAUAUUCAGUGCAAGAAGGAUGGAAGGAAGGAUAAAGAUGUCCACAGUAAAGAGGAGAGGAAGAAGUCUGGUCCUGCGCUACAAGAACACAAACCACCUCGGACACUCAUCACCUUUGACCUAUUUAAGCCGAUGGAGGCUCACCAAACUCUGGCCCUUUCCCUCACAGACAGUCGGCCUAAGACCCACCACCACCACAGUGACUCAAGAGGCUCCUCCUCCAAACCCGGAUCGGACAGUCGGACAGUUGUGACCUCUAAAGGUCCGAAAGGAAAGGACACGGUACAGGGAAAGCCUGGCCCCCCCCUCCAGGACACUCGGCCGCAGCACUUGUUAAAACAUCUUAAGACACUCACGCCCCAAACACAGAAAGACUUCUUCAUAUGAAUGUCUAGAUGUCUCGUCUUUUUUUUUUUUUUUUACUGUACAACUUACGCUGAGGCUUUGUUAAAGUAUUUCAAACUGCAUCCUUCUUUCAGACAUCCGCUGGUCUUUGUGUGUUUUAGCCACAUUGUUCCAGUGAGGCAGUGAAGGAAGGAUGCACCCUCAAAGUAUUUUAUCAGUGCCUAAGAAUGUAAGCUAAGUAGCUCACUUCACGUUUGUUAGCGAAUGUACGUAGGCUCUAUAUACGAUGUUAUGUGACCCGUGUGUCGGUGCCUGUGCACUACUUAGCUUCGCUCUUAAAGCACCUAUUUUAGGUACUGGACUAGCCACUCUGAAAACAACCAUCCUUACUCCCCGCUAUAGGAAUUGCACCGCAGCAAGUCGCCGAGCUGCUGCUGAAUCCUCGUUGCCGUGUUGCUUCAGUCGAUGAGGUUUGUUGUUCGUCGCGCUCCAAAACCAGAGCAAGUAGUUGUUUUCAGACUGGACGUCGGUCGACUCACACAGGGCUGUAAAUGAUACUGUAUGUACCAAAACUGUACAGUAAAGAUGUUAUUAGCACCAAUGUGAGAAAAUGUAUACAGAAAUUGCAUAUAUUUUUUGUAAGACAAGUUUUAUUUUCCAUAGAACUUAUUUAUAUCAUUUAUUGUCCGUUUUUAUUUGAAACCAAUGUGUGAAAAUUGUUGUAAAUACAUUUUACUUCCUAAGAUAAGACUUGGUAGUGUGAUUUAUACUCUGAUGAGAACCUCUCAAUAAAUGGUUCAAAUAAUGA